AUGAGCCCCGUUCGCCGUGCUCUGCGGUGCCAGGCCGUGGGAGGGCGGAGCCGGGGACAAGGACCGCGGAAGCCAGCGGAGCGCGCGCGUCCGGGGCGUCUGCCCAAGCUGAAGCGGCCGGACAACGGCUACUUCGCGCCCGUGGACCCCAACCUCCCCGUGUACACGCCGAAGCCCCGCGGCAGCGCAGACCCUCUCAAGAAGGGCGGGAGGUGGGACGAGGAGUUCAUUUGGAACACGAAGUGGGAGGACGCGCUGGACUUCGAGGCCGACAAGAAGAGGCAGCGCGAGGAGUACCUGGCACAGCAGGAGGCCGGGCCGCCCCGCGAGGCCGAGGCCGCGCCCGGCACGAUCGGCUUCGGGCGCGUGAAUGCGCUGAACGACCUGAGCGUGGACCUGUCCGCGCAGCUCGCCGAGGCCGGGAGGAAGAAGGAGGAGCGGGCAGGAGCGGGGGCGGCGGCGAGCGCGAACACGAUCCAGAUGCGCCCCGUGAAGCCGUCUGCGGGCGAGGGGUACGGCACGAUUCCGUCGCAGGGCGAGUCGCGGCGGUGGACGCGGUCGUCGAAGUUUGAGGGGCAGGGCAGCGGCAAGGGGCAGCCGAUCGCUGCGGCGAGCGAGGAGGCCGAGAUCGCCGCGGAGGAGGCCGAGAGGGCCCGCGUCCGGUACGAGCAGCUCAAGGCGGAGACGCAGGCGUGGAACCUCGGCGCGACGGUCGUCGGGACCGUCCUCACUCUGGCCUUCUACUCGCGCGACGUCUCGGCGAGCUACCUCAUCGGCGCGCUCGGCGGCACGAUCUACCUCCGCCUGCUCAACAAAUCCGUCGACUCAGUCGGAGGCGUGGGCGGCGUCCCCGUCGGCGGCGGGCUCGGCGGCAACCGCCUGCUGAUCCCCGUGAUCUUCGUGCUGGGCCUCAACCGCUUCAACCAACUCAAGGCCGACGAGCUGGGCAUCCACCUCGAGCUGUUGCCGAUGCUGGCGGGCUUCUUCACGUACAAGAUCGCGGUGAUCGCGAGGCAGAGUCUGGAGCUGGCGCGGGAGUGGUCCAAGGACGGGGAGGUCGAGGAGGCGGCGAGCGAGGGCGCGGACGGCGCGCCGCGCACGCGGCUGCCGUCCACGGCGGCCGCCGACGCCACCAGCGUGGACAGGGCCUUCACGCAGCGCAUCCUGAGGGGAUGA